CUGCAGAGUAUGGUGGAAGAGGGCAGAUGUACGCGCAUAUAUUAUCUUCUAGACUUUAACCGGCGCUGUACGGACUGUUUUCCGAACCUUAUUACACCUCCUAAUGGGCCAAAGGCCAUCAAGUCGACGCCGUCUCUUCGAAUGAUCUCUGGAACCCGUAUGGGAGGAGCGAAGGACUCGCGUAACAACUCGGUACUUCAUCAAGUACCUUCAGCCGCUACGGGAGCUUUUCCCCUCCAAGAACGCGCCUCUUAUCAAUUCCAUGUUAUUGGCAGCGCGGUUCGUUGAAGCAUCAAUCCAAGACCUUCCUUCGUCCAGUAAGCUCAGCAGGCUUAGCAUCACAUAGCCCGCAUCCCGCGCCAAGACAGCCAGCCAGACAUCGCUUCACCACCCUUGCACUUCCUUGUCCGUCCACAAGUUGGCAGAAACCCCCUCCGCACAAUGGGCGGCAUACUCUCUCGCUUGCUACUGCUGCCGCAGGCUACCGACGCCGACCGGGCGGAAUGGGAACGACAGCGGCAAUGGGAAGCAGCGCAUCCGCCCCCGCCACUCGUCCCGCCCGAAGCCGACGAAGGCGCGGGUGUCUUCGCCUGGUUCGUUGAAUCCGUCCAGGUCGUCCCGCACAAAAAUGGGACGUGUCUGGUUGCGUAUGCCGGACAUGAAGACCAGGACUCACUCGGAGAGCCAAAUCCAUAUGAGGUCAACGCACGAGACGUGAAUGAAUAUCUUCUGCACGCUAUUGGUGUGGAGGACCCAGAAGAAAAUGGUGGGCAGGCUCACCCUCGGAUUGUCAAAUACCUCGGCCGCCUGACCCCAGGAUUCAAGCUCGAAUUCGUGAGCCCAGGGCCCCUGGAAGCAAUCCGCCUGCCACUUUUCCCAGUCCCUGUCAUCGGAAACAGCACCUCGGGUCUUAGCAGUCUGACCUCCCACCCUCCCCUUCUGCUUCUCUACCACCGCUGGGCCCUCCAAACCCUCUCAGCCCUGCACUUCCUACACACCCACGCCGUCUACCUCAGCAACCUCUGCGCCUCCUCCAUCUGGAUCCGCCCCGACUUCUCCGCCGCGCUCACAGGCUUCAUCAGCGCGACCCUACCAACAGCCGAACAGCCCUCAGCCCAGGCCGGGCACCGCUCUGGGGAAGCCUACCUCGAUUUCCGCGAAGUUGAGGUAGAGUAUGACCCGGAGACAGGGAGUGAGCUUGAGGCGUCGCCGCGCGGGGAUAUCUGUGACUGGGCGACGAUUUUUUGGAGGUUGGUUACGAAUCGGCAGUCUGUGCAUCCGCCGGUUGGGCCGGGGAAUGCCCGGUGGCCGAUGCUUUUCUCGUCAAAUAAUGAUAAGGGGGAUUGGCCGGCGGAUUGGGAUAGGGAUCUUGAGCGAGAGAGGUUGAAGGAGAGGCGGUUUCAGCAGCUGGAGGAGGCGCGGAUGGGGGAUAUUCUUGUCAAGGCGUGGGGUGGGGAGUACAGGGAUGUUGGUGAGGUGAUGGCGGAUUUGAGGGCACUGUUAGAGAAGAUGGGGGUUGAGGUUACUGGGGAGGAUGAGAUUCUACUGGGUGGUGGGCAGACCUGGGAGGAUAUUUUCGUUGUGAUCCCUCCGCAUGACGAGGAGGGGUAUGGGAGGGAGAUCAGGCUGCGUGAGACGGGGGUGCUAGAUUCGAGGGCUCGAACGACCCUAAUCGCGCACACAGAGCCAGAGUAAUCUAUGUGUACAUUAUUGACCUAUAAUAGGCCGCAAUUGUGGGAUGCUCCUCUCAUAUGACGCCAACUACUUUCAUAUAGAUCGCAUUGCACUCGAGCAUGCUUCCUUCCGUCUAUCUACUAAGUCCGUAGAUACGUCACGCAACGCUUCUACUUCAACCCAAACAGCGUCUUCCCAACAUGUACCAACUCCCCCCAACUCUCCAAAACAGGCCAAACAACACAAGCCAUCGCACUACAAAACACCCAAAGCAAACUAACAGCAACCCACCCCGUGAACGCUUCCCUUGUGAAGAUAAAUGACGUCCCGUAGAAGGCAAAGGGGAAGGUGAGCAUUGCAAGGACGAUGAAGAGUAGACAGACGCCGAUGGCGAGGCGGAGGGCUUUGCGGUAGGCGGCUGCGUCGAGGGGCUUGAUGUGGUUGUUUAGGAGGAAGUCGAUUACUUCGUUGCCGGUUUCGAUUUUUGAGGGUGAGG